UCCGAAAUUUUAGCCUUAUUAUUUGUUAACUUCCAAGUUCCAAGUUGCAGCUUAUACAAAGACUCUCUAUAAUUUGAUGAUGUCAAUCUUCACACAAUUUCUAUAGAAGACCCAAAAACCUAUUCGGUCUCCUUCUUCGUCUUCUUCUUCUCCAACAAAACCAUAAAAACCCCAUCACCGUGCAAUUUUUUCCCAAUUCUGAAACAAUCAACAACAUGAAGAAAGAGCUUUUCGGGAAAAGGCUUACUGCCUUUUACAAUAGUUUGAUUUUCAACAAGAAAGAUUCAUGGGGGAACUCUGAUGCUGUUGUAAUCCAUUCACAGCAACAAGAAAAUCCGAAUUCUCUGUCAUCCCAGUUCUAUUUAUGGCUUAUGGGUGAAAAACAUGAUGAUACGACAGUAAUCUUUACUCCUAUUGGGAUAUUCUUUUUCUGUACACAGAAAAAUUAUUCCAAGAUUCGAUCUUUGAGUUGUUGUGCUACUGUGAUGAGUAAACAGCCUGUUUCUGUUCAAUUGAAGGCCAAAAACGAUGAGGGUUUUGCGUUCAUCGACUCCACGAUACGUCAAGCCAGGGUAAUUCGUAACAGCAAGGGGUUUACUGGUGUUUUUGAUGAUGAUUGUAAUUGGCCGUUUGUUGUGGGUUAUAUAGAAGGUGAGUACCCUAAGUCUAAGUUUUUUUGGAAUUGUAUGAAUGAUUUAGAACCCAAAAAGUAUAAAGUAAUUACUGUGGAUUCUGGUAUUAAUAAGAUGAUUCAUGCUGCUGAUAAACCAAUUUCUGGACGAGAAUUAGAAUUUUUGCAAUCACUAUUUACUACUUUCUGUCCUGAAGACGAGAAACAACUGUUUUUCCGGGGAAAUCAACCUGGUUUGUUGGUGAAGGAAAAGAACGAUCUUGAGUCUAAAUUUGGACGUGUAGGCUUGAGUGAAAAGCGGAGGAGCAAUUUGGGUUCUGAAUUUGACAAAACUAGACUCUUCUGCGGUGAUAAAUCAGUGAGCGGGGUGGAUGACCUCACUAAAAAUGAUUUAGAUUUUCUUGAGAUGCUGGGGAGUAUUGAACGGUUCUCUUUGCCUAGGGAAGAACGGGAUAAGUAUAAGGUAGCAAACAUGUCUCGUGAUCACAAGGCAGGAAAUAAAAAUGGUGAUCAGGUAUUUAAGUCGGGGUCAAGUAUUUUGGAUGGUAGAAAGGACAAGUUAAAGGAAAUAAGCAAACAUGUUGAUGAUGUGUUCAAGUUUGGGUCAUCUAAAUUGGAUGCUAAAGACUUCAAAUCAAAGACCUUUGGAGAAAGAAAGAAAGACGUCGAUCAGCUGUUUCAGUUUGGAGAGCAGUGUAAGAUUGGAGAGAAGCGAGGCAGGAACAAUCAGCCUCAAUUGGUAAUGGAGGAGAACAAAGGCACAAAAGAUGUCGAGCAACUUACAGAAAAAAUAACAGCCUUCUAUUCCAGCUGGAGGAAAUACAAAGAAGAGAAAUGGGGAAAAGCCGAUGUUUUGGUGAUUACUUCUCCAUCAGUGGCACCAGUUGAAGAUUGGUCUCGUAGCUUCUUAGUGUGGUUGCUGGAUGGUGAGUUUCUGGAUACCACAGCUGUUUUUACGGACACAGGAAUUGAAUUUCUUUGCACCAAGGAAAGUUUCUUCAGGCUUCGUACAAUUGGAAUUUGUAUGACAAAGAUUGCAAAGCUAACUGUUUCUGUCCAACUGAAGAAACGAGGAGAACAAUGUGUAGAUUGGUUAAAAAAGACUUUGAGGCAGGUAAAUACUGCGGCGAAGUCUAAACCUAACUGGUGCCCACUUGUUGUUGGCUGCAUUUUCGGGGAGUCUGGGGAGAUAGAGGUUCUUUCACGUUCCAGAAUGUUUGAAGUUGCAUAUGUAAACAAUGCUUUAACCGACCUGCUUGAACAGGGGAAUUUUGUAAAAGCAGAAAGGUUUGCAGCUCAACAGUCAACUUUACCUAAGCAAUUUCAGAUGCUGUCUUUGGGAACACGUGGCAGUGCAAAUACUGCAAAUGCUGUAUCAUUUUCUGAGUUAGCCAAAAUUAGGUCGAUGGAUGAUAAUUCUUAUUUGUCAGAAGAAUUACUCCGUGAUGCAAAAACUCCUACUGACGGUAGAGUAGAUAAUGGAGGACCAGUUGAGCAAACCAAACCUGAAGAAAACAAGGAGGACAAUUCAUCAAGAAAACUUGCAGAUAAGAUGAUGUUGCUUGAUAUAAAGGAGGGUGAUGUGGAAACCUCUAUCACAGAGGACAGUGCAGAAGAAAAUCCAUUGUGUAUGUUAUUUAAUGAUGAAAAUAGUCCCUUGCUGCAAGUGAAGGAGCGUGGAGAGCAAUCUGGACCAACUGCAGAAGGAGGAAUUGAUUACAGUGUCCAGCCAACUGGUGUUAUAGAUGCUGCAUCAGAAAGUUCUUUACCCGAUGAUAACAAUGGCAUCUCGAGGAAGGACUCUGUUGGUUCUGAUGAUGAUUGGACAUUAGUUGAGAUGGAGUGUCAAGGGAAAGAAACAGAAGUAGCCGAGAGAGUCAGCUGGGGAAGGUGGUUCAUGGGUAAAACUGGAAAAUCAUUUGGUUUUAAAGACGAGGUGACCGAUGAAGCACCAUCAAAGAGGACCAAGGCUGAUCCAUGAAUACGUAUCCGUUUGAUUAGCUGCUAGCCAGCAGUAGGUGGUGCACAAUAAUGCUCUUUAUUUUCUAGGUUAAUAAUUUCUGUUGCUUGUCUUAGAACUUGAUAGCUCAUCUUUAAAUAUGGUUCCGUCGUGUUGACUAUAUGUGCCUGCCUUCUUUAAUCUCAUGAUGUUUAUAUUUUGCUCACAACAA